AGAAGGCUACUCAAGGUCUCAACCACCCCAUUUGCUCAAGUGGGUGUCUCUGCUAAGACCACCAAGCGCAAAGAAUCAAGGAUAGGAAAGCAGCCAAUCGCUGUACCGUCCAAUGUUACCAUUUAAAUACAAGGUCAAGACUUAAAAGUGAAGGGUCCUUUGGGAGAACUCGCUUUAACUUACCCACCAGAAGUUGAGCUUAUUGAAGAAGACUCCGGUUUCUUGAGGGUCACAAAAACCGUGGAAACUAGAAGAGCCAAAGAAAUGCAUGGCCUUUUCAGGACGCUUACUGACAACAUGGUUGUGGGAGUAUCAAAGGGAUUUGAGAAAACACUUGAGCUCAAAGGUGUUGGUUAUCGUGCGAUGGUCCAAGGAAAAGAAUUGGUGUUGAAUCUUGGGUUUUCUCACCCGGUUAAGAUUGAGAUACCAGAUAGUCUCAAAGUGAAAGUGGAUAAGAAGAUUAUACUUUUUGGUAAAGGUGAAAAAGUUAAGAUAACGAUAGUCAUAGUGAGUGGAUAUGACAAGUGUGAGAUUGGGCAGUUUGCUGCUACGGUAAGGAAAUGGAGGCCAGCAGAGCCAUACAAGCGUAUUGGAGUGUGCUAUUCUGAUGAGAUUGUUCAUAGGAAGAAAGGAAAAGAUAGAAAACAGAAGUGAUCUUUGAUAUUGUUAGCUACUUAUCUAUAUGUAUGUUUCUUUAUCUCAAUGCUGA